AUGCCAUCCAGGCCUCCCAUGGAGCGUUGUGUCGCCAUUAUUGGAGCAGGCAUUCUAGGACGACGAAUAGGAUGCGUUUUUGUAGCAGCCGGCUACAGAGUGCACAUCCAGGACUUGUCCUCGGAAACGUUGGAGAGCGCCCUGAAAUUUAUUGAUGCGAACAAAUUGGACUUUGCGGCCAUGCGAAAGGCGAACUGUAAUGGCCAUCCGGACAGUAUCGACAUUAUUUGGGGACAAGUUGAGAAACCCGGAAAUCCAACAGAGGAGGGAAAUGGAGAGGAACCCGAUUACACCGAGUUCACCAGUGGUAUUCCUAAUCACCCAUCAUUCGGCUCCUGCAAUGUUUUCACAGAUAUUGCGUCGGCUGUCUCAAACGCCUGGCUAGUUAUUGAGGCGGUUCCUGAGAAAUUGGAACUCAAGGAACAGAUUUUUGCCGACUUGGAUGCAAUGACACCUCCGGAUUGCAUCCUCGGGUCUAAUAGCUCGUCAUUCAGGUCGAGCUUGAUGACUACCUACGUUUCGCCUGCUCGUCGAAAGCGCAUGCUCAACAUUCACUUUACUAUGCCUCCUAAGAUCAACAUAGUUGAAUUGAUGACAAAUGGCGAGACGGAUGCUCAGGUGUUGAAAUAUAUCAAAAGCAUAUUGGGCAGGUGUGGUAUGUUGACAGUGAUAGCUCAGUGUGAAUCAACAGGAUUCAUAUUCAACCGUCUUUGGGCUGCAAUCAAACGUGAAAUCAUGCAUAUGCUCUCCGAAGGCGUGAGUGAUCCGAAUGAGAUCGAUGGCCUUUGGGAGCAUUUUUUCAAAAAUGGCCCGCUACCCUGCCAAUUGAUGGAUGAAGUCGGAUUGGACACAGUCGCCUUCAUUGAGGACAAUUAUGUGAAGGAGCGAGGUCUUAACAGUGCUCUAACGGUAGAUUGGCUACGAAAGGAAUACAUUGCGAAAGGGAAGCUGGGCCGGAAAAGUGUGAAAGGCGGACUGUAUCAGCCUUAA